GUCCACUCUGCCAGCUGCAGGACCUGGACCAGCUGGGAUCAUUUGAAGCCAGUGAGCUACAUGAAGAGAAGGGAGGAAAAUGGAAUGACCAUUGAUUGAGCAUUUAUCGUAUACUUAGCAUCGCAGGAGCUACUUUUCAUAUAUAUGAUUCUUUACUCCUGCAAAGUAGGCACUGCUAUUCUCAUUUUUCAUGUGAUAAAAGUGAAGUUCAAAAAGGGUAAAGAAUCCACCUAAGAACAUGCACCUGUUAAUGGGGUAGGACACAGAGCUAUCUGAAACCUGAGCAUGUUUACGUGCAUGUCUGCAUGAGGAAACAGCCCAGCCCAGUUAAUUGGGCUCAGACUCAAGAUUGGCUGAUUCAACAAGGCACCCCUGCAGACAAAGCUGGCAGAGUAGAAGUUUCAACUCGUUUCCAUGGCAGCCCACCAAAACCUGAUCUCGAAGAUCUUCUGUUUAUGCUGCAGGGACUGUCAGGAGCCUUAUGCCAUCGAUGACUCCAAGGUUCCCAGUCAAACCCAAGAGCACAAGCCAUCAACCCAAAAUUUGCAGCUUCAGAAGGAUGAGCUUGACAGACAAAAUCCCAAGCGCAUUAACGCAGUCUCCCAUUUGCCUUCGAGAACACCCCUGAUCCAGACAAAAAAGAGCACUUCCUCCAGCAGCAGUGAGUUUAAGGAUCUGAAUGCAUAUGCUUCCCAAAGAAAUUUUUACAAGAGAAACUUAAACCGCUACUGCCAGGAGCGCUGGCCAUUCCAGCCAUGCCUCGUUGGGAGGCCCUGAGCAUUCUAGCCGGCAGCUGCACAGCUGCUGGGGCGUCUCCAUGAGGAAGAGGGCGGUGGACACGAGUCAUGAAGACUAAUUCGGAAACUCCCCUGAAGGAGGAGAAAACGUCUGAGCCAUCCUUGUGCCACCAAGCAAGAGUCACUCCAGCUCCUAAAAAAGCCACCAUGGGAAGAGCUGCCUCCAAUUAAAGUUCUUGAUUGCACCAGA